AUGAAAGACCCACCAGACACGCAGGAAGCUCCCGAGGCCCUGAAGACUGAAAUCCCCACGCAGGAUGACAUGACGCAGAAACCAGAGCAGUACGGAUGGCAGAGUCCAAAGACACAGACACUGUUGAGCCAGGACCCUGAGACACAUGUAGCUGGAGAAGGAGAGGACUAUUUCCUUUCUUUGUUUGGUGACUCAAAGAAGCUUAUCUCACGCUCAUCCCAUGUGCAGGAGACUUGCAAACACUUUUCAAUGAUUCUUGAAGAAGUUGGCCAGUCCAUAUCCAGUUCUCUGGGCGACAUUAAAAUAGCUGAAGUGAACGUCAUGGGCUUGUUUGUGAAGCUUGUUAACUCUUCCCGGGACAAAGAACUGGACAUUGGAGGUCACACCCUGCAGCAAAAUGUGAAUGGACAGCCGGUGUCUCUCUACUGCUUCGUCCCCAACACUGUGAUGCAGGCCAACUCCAUGGUGACAGUGUGGGCAGCAGCAUCAGAAGGGAAGCACCAGCCCCCCUCGGACUUUGUGUGGAAGGAGCAGGUCAAGUUCCAGUCGACUCCUGACUGCACGACCAUCCUGUGCAAGCCCAGUGGUGAGGCUGUGGCGUGGUACACGCCCAUCCACUGGAAGCAAGCGUGGGAAAAGCUGGAGACCGACAUUGAGUUUGACCGCUGCUCUGUGGUCACCCCCACAUUCCGAAGGCAUGUGUUUCGCUGGACAGCGUCAGAAACCACGAUGACCAAGGAGAAACAGGACGAGCCUAAGGAGGACCCGACCGGGCCCCAGGAGGAGCAAGGCCUGCAGCUUCUUAAGAGAGAAAAGGAAAUCCCACCGUCUCUUUUCCCUAACCGCAGUCCAUGGUGCAACAGUCCCUGUGCCCCUGCACACCCCUACAGCCCUCUGAUUGACCCGCACAAGGCCUCCUGCACCAGGAGCAGCUCACGGCCCAGGCCUCAGCCAGCCAAGCCCAGUCCAGCCCCAGACACAAGACCCGGAGGCCAAGGGACAGCUGGACAUGUGGACACCAAGCGCAAAGACUGGGUUUCUCCCCGCGGCUGCCGCAGUAGCGUCUGUGUCAACAUUCUGUACGAUGGCCAGGAACAGAAGCUGUGA